AUGAGCGACUCCGACACCCCUUCCGCUUCUCCUCCCGGUCCGCCUGAAGACUCGGUCCUGCCGCCAUGGAUCUGGCUCACGCUGUGCACGAUCUCGCUCUUCUGCUUGCUCUUCAUCUCGUUCAGGCGGGCGAAGAGCCUCGAGCUCUACGAGCGGGCGAAGGACUACCUAAGGAACAGAUUGUCCUUCUCGCGCCUGCACCCGGGCAUCCGUCUCUCCGAGCGCGACCUCGAAGCCGACCCUCUCGCAUCCCCCUCGUCCCGCCGACCACGCCCUCACCGGUCCUUCUCCCGCGACGAUACCUCGGACGUCUCCUCCGUCCACUCGCUCGACGACGACGAGCUACCCGCCCCCUCUUUCACUCGUCUCGCCUCACCUUCUCCCUUCCCCUCCCGCCGAGCCUACCAACUCGACACCCGACCAGCCCGCUCACUCGCCUCCGCCGCCUUGUCCUCUCUACAAGCGGGUGUCUCGUCAGCCGCUGAUGCGCUCGGCUGGUCCGCCGAACGAGCAACGAGCGCAAUGAGGGGCGAAGGACAGAAAGGAGACGGCUUUGCAAGGGCUUUCUGGGGUCUGCGGAAGGACGAGCGAACUGGAGGGAUCAAGCUAGGCGAGGGGAACUCAAGGGAAGACGACGAGCUGCGAGGAGUGGGAGGGAAGGCUGCGAGGGUGCUGGGCAUCUCCUCGUCUCCGCCGCGCGCGACUCGCACGCACGGGCGGAGUGACCUUGUCGCUACGGAUGGCUCGGGAGCGCUCUUCGAGGUUGGCGAGGAGGAGGACGGCGCAGAUGCGGUCGAGCUGCCGGCGCACUUCUCGCUUGGCGCCGGAGGACGCGGUGGGAGCGGAUCGUGA